AGAAGACAGUUUAUUGCAUCAUGUAACGAAAUCUAGGUGUUUUUUGUUUUUAAAUCAUAAAAUUAUGCAGUAAGAGUCUUGGUCAGUACAAAUAUCAGAUAUUUAAUUACGCUUAGUCACUACGGUACGAAGCCAAACAGUGACUGUUCGUGUAUCAUCGCCGUGCAUGUCAUGCCGUCUGAACGUGUCGAUAACGCUUUCACUGACUCAGUAGACACAACAUUAACAAAUCUGAAAAAUAUCACAAAGAAUUCGUUGAAAAGCAUUCAAAUUUGUAGUUAUUAGGGCGAAACAACUCAAUCCGAGCUACCGACCUGUUUGGGAAACGAGUGAACUAGCGAAUCGGGCGAAGGAAAGGAACAAUAAUCCAGAAAAAGGAAGGAUAGAUGUGGCACGGACCACAAGCCAACCAGUGCACCACAUUCGCGUAAGGCAGAGGUGGUACUGGUGUUGGUGUUGUGGUGCAGCAGAAGCUUCUUGCGAGGAUUCGGUUGCCAGGGACAAGGUGCACUCUGUAUGCGGACACUGAUGCGGUCUUGCCGCCGUUGAAAGGUCAACUCGUAACAACGACACGUAACGGCGUGCGGUUCAAGGACACGCGGCGUAGACUUCGCGCGCAGCGUCGCAGGAAUCACAACAGCCGCAGUGCCCGGGCACUCCGCAAACCGAAACUCCUGCCACUUGGCAGCUGGAAGAUCAAGUCGGCCCUUUGGUCCAAUAGCAUCCACGCACCUCGCGUCCACUCCCACGCUCGGCGACUACUUCGCGCCAUGGCUGUCAAGCAGAACAACACCGAAUCGGGUGACGGUAACGAGAAUGCCGGCAAUAACAGCAGCGGUCUGCCCCCCAACUCUAAGCCCACUGGCGUCAACGGUCUCAAGAUUUCCAACGAAAGUGGUGCGGCUGCGGACCUGGGCUCCACCACUGGCGAAGGUGGCAUGAACACCAACCGGCCUGCCCAGCGGGAUAUUAAUAGCUUGCUGCAGCGCCUAGAACAACCCGAGAAUGCCCACAAUUUAAUGACUUUUUACGAGCAUAUUAUUGUCGAGCUGUCGCGCAUGCAACAUUCGAAAACGCCAGAGGACAUCGCCCGCCUAAAAGAGGAAGCCACCAAGGUUGGUGUUUUGCUGGCCAAACGCAAUGAGAAGCACUAUCAGAUGUUCUACCUGCGAGUCGUCUACGACCUGAUCACCAAGUCCACCUUUGAACCGCCACCCUCGUGUGCGCUGGCAAUCGUAUUCCAGCUCUUCGAUUCCAACCAGAUUCUCGAAGCGGUGCACUCGUUGCUGGAGCAAAACGUACAGGACGCCAGCAUCCGGAAGACAGUGGGGCUGCUGUGCGUUUGGAUAGGCGAGUGCACCUUCUGCAGCAACCUCUCGCUUUGGGUGAUGGCCCUGCUUAACGGGCUGAAGGAUCAGGGCAAACGUGCGCUGCUGGACGAGAUAGCGCUGGACAACAUCGAGAAACUCUUCCAUUUGGUGAUCUUCCCCGCGCUCCGGUAUAAAGCCUCGCCUUUGGUGUUUCACAUGCUGUCGACCAUUAAUCAAACGCCCGAGGUUUUCCACAAGAUUUUGCCAAGGAUCCCAUUGGUGCUGCAGUGUCUAAAGCAGCAGUCGAAUUCCAACGAUGAAGCCGGUCUGGAGGCUCGCAAGAGUCUCCAGCAACUGGUCGAUCUUACGAGCGCUCUGGUGCUACGCUUCUACGACCACGAUGACCUCUAUGCUCCAGUGAAAAAAGCUCUGCAGACCUACGAUCCCUCGCCCAAUUGCCUGGCCUUGGCACGAGCGAUGCAGGAGAGCGCCCAGCCCUGGGGACGGAGGAACGCGAGAGUUGGACUUGUGAAUCUGGGCAACACCUGCUAUAUGAACAGCGUGCUGCAAGCCCUUGCCAUGACUAGCGAUUUCAGCCGACAAAUCCUACUCAUCGAGUGCGAGUCAGCGUUGCUCAGAAAGGUGCAGCAGCAAAUCGCCCUGAUGCACCACUCGCUCCGCUAUGAGCUAACACCUUUGGUAGUUCUCAAUGCCACUCGGCCACCCGGAUUUACGCCCGGUCUGCAGCAGGACAGCUCCGAGUUCCUAGGCCAUUUGCUGGACUUGCUGCACGAGCACGAAAUCAGUAGCUUCUCAAAUUCUGGACGCAGUGGAGGACGCGCAAUGAGCAGCAGCGAAGAGAUUACAACCAGUGGCGUGAUACCCUAUAACAGUAAUGAUCGGGAGUUGGGAAGCGGCAGCAGCAAAGGCACUCCCACUCCACCUGCAACACCCACCAAAAACCCAGGCAGCUCGCAGCAGCAGAGCGGGCCAGAAUCGACGCCACCUAAGCCGGCAUCAACCAUUGACAAGACGUUCGCGGGAAAGCUAUCCACCACCUAUCGGUGUCUGAGCUGCGGCUGGGAGAGCCGGAAUGAAGACAGCUUUCGCGAGCUUCAGCUAUCAUUUCCCGACGACAAGGACGACUGUGGAGCCACUAACUACUCGGUGCAGGAUCUAAUCGAGUACUAUUGCUCGCCAGAGAAGCUUGACGGGGAUAAUCAGUACUUUUGCCCGCGCUGCAAGAAGCUAUGCGAUGCCGAGCGCCACAUCGGGGUCACUCAAGCGCCACGGAACCUCAUCCUUACGCUGAAGCAGUUUAAAUACGACCAGAAGUACCACUUCCGCACCAAGCUCAUGCAUAAGGUGUUCCACGAUGAGAGCGUCACAGUGAAGGUUUGCACCAUGGAAUCCCUGCAGGAAAUGUCCACUGUACAUUACGACCUUUAUGCCGGAGUUGUACACGCGGGAUAUAGCAUGGACUCUGGGCACUAUUUCACGUUUGCGGCCGAUCAAGCCAAGCGUUGGUACAAGUUCAACGAUAACCAGGUGACCCAUUCAAAGCCGGAGGAAAUGCACAACCUCACCUCGCCGAACACGCCCUACAUUUUGUUUUACAAAAUGUGCGCACGCUCCAAUGAAUGCAACGAGGCGUCCACCAGCUCUUUGUCUGGGAUGGGGCCGAGCCACCAAGUGGUUUCGCUCCCAGCAUCACCGCCAUUGACGCUGGAGGAGUUGCCAAGCAAUCUGCGCGAAUACGUUAAGAAGGACAACCGCGUUUACAACGAGGAGUUAAGAGUUCAGCGCUACAAACGCGGCGGCGGUAGCCUCGGAGGAAACAAUUUUGUCAGUCGGCACAAUUACGAUGACGACGGGGACGAUGAGGAUGACCAAGCGCCGCCACCGACCGGAGGAUGCGGUGGCAAUGGGCUGGGUAUGAACUACAACCGAUUCGUGUACUAAGGCAGGAGGAGUUUAAACAGAGCGAGCACGAGCAAUGGAGGCCACUAGAAGAUAUAUUUGUCUACUUAACAAAAAAAACACGCAUACUAAUCUAAAUGUUAUCCAUACAAAUAUUGCCAGUGCAUAACCAAUCGACAUGUAUAAGGCUGCGUAUAUCCGAGUAGUAUGAUAUUAUGGCCGCGACGCUUAUGGCAAGCUGUCCGUUUGCUCGUUCACUAGCUCGUCCCCAUUGUUGUUUCAGUUUCCUGAUCCUCCGGUCCCUACCCCCCGAGCAUCAUCCCAUCCCAAUCAUCAUCUGAUACAUACGAAAACUAUGAAUGUAUUUCCAUUUACGAAACUGUUAUGAUUUUUUUGUUUUUGUUAACACAAACCUAGUUGUAGAACGAGCAUAAAUGCGUACACUUACAUAUAAAUUUAAAAUCGAUUAAAAUCACAUGAAUUAGCCGGAAUGGAGAGCUGAAUACUCGAAUCAGAAUAAGCCGAUCUAAGAAGACCACUAACUUCCAAAGCAAAUAAUUGGAUAUUUAUGCACUUCAACUUAGUUUUUAAAGCAAAGCAACUACUCGGAGUGAAACCAAAUCUCGAGUUUAAAUCAAGCUAGCCGGAAGCUGAGUAAUGACAAUGACUUGUAACAUAGUUAGCAUGAUUGAAGUCGAGCUAAUCCCCUUGUAUUAUUAGUUAUUCUGUUUUUUUGUGAAAUUUCAAAACUGCAAAACGAAUUUGUAAUUGAUAUAUUUACAAGCAUGUAUCUCUGGAUCUGGUGAGCAGAAAAUGCUAUUUUGAAUAUUAUUGCAAUUAAAUUGGAAUAAUUUCAUAUAACUUUGUAUAUGGUGUAUGUCUAUGGAUAACCAAUAUCUAUACUAUGCUAUGCUAUAAGUGUAUCAAUAAAGAAAAAAAAGCCCAAGAACCUA